CUCUCUGUGCAUGUGAGAGAAAUAGCAGCAGCCAGAUAAUGGAGCUAAGAUGGCAGCACUGAGUAUGCAGCUUUCACUUUGGCAGCCGUAGUGUUGUAGGUGAAGCUGUGUUCGCCCCACGGUGAGGGUGGAGUAAACGAUCAGCCAGGAAUCUCCCAACGCCUAGUUUACCGCAGUGUUAUUGGGGUUAGCAGAAGCCGGAUAAGGUCUUGUGAUUGCUGUUGCACAGAGGAUGUCUAGAGCUCGUUUUACUAUUGCAGUCGCACCGUGACUAAUAGCAUUUAUUUGUUAACCUGUUAGCAGGUAACCCAGAACAAGUCACACACAUCUGCAGCCGUCACAUACAUCUGCUACAGACGCAGGAUAUAUAUUGCAUUGGGAGUUAUAUAUAUUUCCCAUUGGUAUUUUGGGAGUAAAUGGUCCGGGCUGGCUGGAGGGCCGGCGCGGGAUGACAAGGGCAGCUCCUCCAUGAUUCCAGCCAGUGUGAAGUGACUCACGCAGCCCAAUAUACAUAGACACCGGGACAGCAAGAAGCAGGCAUGAUGUGCGCAGCAACCGCACCCCCUCCCCCGGCUGCAGUAGCAGCAGCUUCCACCGAGCCAGGAGUCAGCGGCUUCUGCGCUUUACCCGCAUCUUCAUCUACUUCAUUGUGCCCGGCGCGUUUAAGCAUGUCCGGAGGCCCGGAUGGCACCCAUGGGACACAGGCUGACUGUAAGAGCAGGUACCAGCUGCUACUCUCUGGCAAGGCCUUGGCUGAUAGGUACCGGCAAAUCUACACGGCCGCUGUUUCUGACAGGGAGCAGCAGGCCGGGCAGACUGGCAGAAAUAAGAAAAUAUUAAGUAAAAAGAAACUGAAGAGGAAACAAAAGACAAAAUCAAAAGGGAAAAUGAGAAGCAAGGCUGACAACCUGGAGAAUGCAAUCUUCAUACCUGAUCUGAAGCUCCUUAGCAACCCUUCUGCAUUCAAUGUUUAUUUUAGUGUACGUUACUGUGUCCUCGAGUGGCAAAGAAAAGAAAUGUCCUCAGUUGUGUCAUGCAAGAACUCUGUGCAGAGUGGUGAAUCUGACAGUGAUGAAGAGGAGGAGUCCAAAGAGCCACCCAUUAAGCUUCCAAAGAUAAUUGAAAUUGGUUUAUGUGAAGUUUUUGAGCUGAUCAAAGAGACCCGUUUUUCUCAUCCGUCAUUGUGUUUGAGGAGCUUACAGGCUCUGUUAAAUGUGCUGCAGGGUCAGCAGCCAGAAGGACUGCAGUCUGAACCUCCUGAAGUAUUGGAAUCUCUUCUCCAGCUUAUCCUAGAAAUAACUGUUCGCAGUACAGGAGCAAAUGAUAGUACUGGACAAUCGCUGAGUGCAGUAUCCUGUGCCUGCCUCUUCAGCAUGGUAGUAGCAUGGGGAGAAACUGGAAAAACAUUACAAGCUAUUUCUGCUAUUCUUACUAACAAUGGCAGCCAUGCUUGCCAAACUGUUCAGGUGCCAACCAUUUUAAACUCUCUGCAGCGUAGUGUCCAGGCAGUUUUGGUGGGCAAAAUUCAGAUCCAGGAUUGGUUUACAAAUGGAAUAAAAAAAGCUGCUUUGAUGCAAAAGUGGGCUCUGAAAGAAAUUCAUUUUGAUGAAGAUGACCAGUGCCUACUUCAGAGUGAUGGUUUCUUUCUUUAUCUGUUAUGCAAAGAUGGCCUUUACAAAAUUGGUUCUGGUUACAGUGGGACAGUGAGGGGACAUAUAUAUAAUUCUACGUCCCGUAUUAAAAGUAGGAGAGAGAAGAAAUCUUGGUUAGGUUAUGCUCAGGGUUUUUUGCUAUACAGAGAUUUGAGCAAUCACAGCAUGACAGCCAUACGGAUAAACCCAGAAUCAUUGGAACAAGAUGGAACUGUAACAGUGCCAGAUUGUAAUACGGAUGGGCAGAACAUCCUCUUUACAGAUGGGGAAUUUAUCAAUCAAAUUGCUGCUUCUAAAGAUGACGGAUUUGUAGUUAGAAUAUUUGCGACUAGCACAGAACCAGUAUUGCAGCAGGAACUGCAGUUGAAACUGGCAAGAAAGUGUUUGCAUGCGUGUGGCAUCUCCCUUUUUGAUCUAGAGAAAGAUUUGCACAUUAUAAGUACAGGUUUUGAUGAAGAAUUGGCUGUUUUAGGCGCAGGAAGAGAGUUUGCACUUAUGAAAACUGCUAGUGGCAAGACAUACUACACUGGCAAGUAUCAGAGCCUUGGAAUUAAACAAGGUGGUCCUUCAUCAGGGAAAUGGGUUGAAUUGCCCAUAACAAAAUCUCCAAAGAUUGUCCAGUUUUCAGUUGGUCAUGAUGGUUCACAUGCCUUACUCACUGCAGAUGAUGGGAGCGUAUUCUUUACAGGAACGGCGAGUAAAGGGGAAGACGGAGAAUCUACUAAAAGCAGAAGACAGUCAAAGCCUUAUAAGCCUAAAAAAAUUAUAAAAAUGGAAGGGAAAAUAGUAGUAAGCACUGCUUGCAAUAAUGGGAGCAGUUCUGUCAUUACCAAGGACGGCGAACUGUACAUGUUCGGAAAAGAUGCUAUUUAUUCUGACAACUCAAAUUUAGUAACAGACCUGAAAGGACAUUUUGUAACCCAAGUAGCUAUGGGCAAAGCCCAUACCUGUGUUUUGUCAAAGAAGGGAGAGGUGUGGACUUUUGGGGUGAACAACAAGGGACAAUGUGGAAGAGACACUGGUGCAAUGAAUCAAGGAGUAAAGGGGUUUGGCAUUGAAAAUAUGGCAACAGCAAUGGAUGAAGAUCUUGAGGAGGAACUGGAUGAAAAAGAUGAAAAGUCUAUGAUGUGUCCUCCCAGAAUGCAUAAGUGGAAACUUGAACAAUGCAUGGUAUGCACAGUAUGUGGAGACUGCACUGGAUAUGGAGCCAGCUGUGUUAGUAGCGGAAGACCAGACCGGGCACCUGGAGGAGUCUGUGGCUGUGGUUCAGGAGAAUCGGGAUGUGCUGUUUGUGGUUGUUGCAAAGCCUGUGCAAGAGAAUUGGAUGGCCAAGAGGCAAGGCAACGUGGUAUCCUGGAUGCAGUCAAGGAGAUGAUACCACUGGACCUACUUCUAGGUAAAGCUGUGCCUGUACCUGGGGUCAACAUUGAUGAGCAUCUGCAGUUACGGCAGGAGGAUAAGAGACAACGAGUCAACAGGAGGCAUAGGAUUGAUGACGGGAGAGGGAAAAAAAAAGCAAAUGGAAAUUUAGGCCCCUUUGUAUUUCCUGGUCCUAUUUUUAUGAAUCAUCGAGAGCAGGCUCUAGCCAGACUAAGAUCCCUUCCAGCACAGCUAAAGCAUAAGCGGGACAAGAGAAAAGAUGAAGGCAGGGAUCAAGGAGAGAAAGAUGCCAGCAAAAUAACUACUUACCCUCCAGGAGCUGUACGGUUUGACUGUGAGUUGCGGGCUGUACAAGUCAGUUGUGGAUUUCACCAUUCAGUGGUCUUAAUGGAAAAUGGUGACGUGUAUACCUUUGGAUAUGGCCAGCAUGGCCAGUUGGGCCAUGGUGAUGUCAGCUGUAGGGGCUGUCCAACUCUAGUGCAAGCACUGCCUUGCCCUAGCGCUACGGUCACUGCUGGCAGUAAUCACACUGCAGUUCUUUUAAUGGAUGGCCAAGUCUUUACAUUUGGAAGCUUUUCGAAAGGGCAGCUUGGACGACCUAUUAUAGAUGUUCCCUACUGGAAUGCAAAGCCAGCACCUAUGCCCAACAUUGGAUCGAAGUAUGGACGUAAGGCAACCUGGGUUGGUGCAAGUGGAGAUCAGACUUUUUUGAGGAUUGAUGAAGCACUUAUAAACUCACAUGUUCUUUCUACUUCUGAAAUCUUUGCAAGUCGUCACAUAAUAGGUCUGGUACCAGCCUCCAUGUCGGAACCUCCGCCAUUUAAAUGUCUUCUAAUCAAUAAAGUCGAUGGGAGUUGUGCUACGUUUAAUGAUUCUGAGCAAGAAGAUUUGCAAGGAUUUGGAGUUUGCCUAGACCCUGUGCAUGAUGUUAUUUGGAGAUUUCAGGCAAGCACGAGAGAGCUGUGGUGUUAUAAUGCAGUGAUAGCAGACUCCAGGCUUCCUUCUGCUCCAGAUAUGCAGCUGAGAUGCAGCAUUCUUAGCCCGGAGCUAGCUUUACCAACAGGCCAAAAAGCAGUCACUACUCGAUCACAUGCAGCCUUGCACAUUCUAGGCUGCCUUGACACACUUGCUGCUAUGCAGGAUUUGAAAAUGGGAGUUUCAAAUACAGAAGAAGAGACUCAAUCAGUAAUGAAAGUUUAUUCCAAGGAAGACUACUGUGUUGUAAAUCGAUUUGAAAGUCAUGGUGGAGGCUGGGGCUAUUCUGCCCAUUCAGUUGAAGCUAUUAGAUUCUGUGCAGACACUGACAUUUUACUUGGAGGCCUUGGCCUUUUUGGUGGCAGAGGGGAAUACACUGCAAAGAUAAAGCGUUGUUUUCCAGUUUAAAAGCUCAAAGAAAUCAAAUAAUGGCACAGAUGUAAAUGCUGGUCAGAUACCCCAGUUGUUGUACAGGCUGCCUACAAGUGAUGGAACUGCAGCAAAAGGAAAACAGCAAUCUAGUGAACCAGUUCACAUAUUGAAAAAGUCAUUUGCCCGAACUGUUUCAGUGGAGUGCUUUGAAUCGUUACUGAGCAUCCUUCACUGGAGCUGGACCACCUUGGUUUUAGGUGUUGAAGAGCUUCGUGGACUGAAAGGUUUCCAAUACACUGCUACAUUGUUGGAUUUAGAAAGAUUGCGCUUUGUUGGAACUUGUUGCUUACGGUUGUUACGUGUCUACACAUGUGAAAUUUAUCCCAUAUCAGCUUCCACUAAAGCUGUUGUAGAAGAAACUAGCAAACUAGCUGAGUGCAUUGGAAAAACCAGGACAUUGCUAAGAAAAAUCCUUUCCGAAGGAGUUGAUAACUGCAUGAUGAAGCUGGACAAUGAUCCACAAGGUUAUCUUAGCCAGCCCUUGAGUCUGUUGGAGGAUGUUCUUCAGGAGUGCCAUAAUACUUUCACAGCCUGUUUUCAUUCUUAUUACCCAACUCCUGCCCUCCAAUGGGCUUGCUUAUGUGACCUUCUGAACUGCUUGGAUCAGGACAUCCAAGAGGCAAACUUCAAGACUUCAAGCAGUCGGCUAUUAGCUGCAGUAAUGUCCGCUCUUUGCCAUACAUCUGUUAAACUAACCUCUAUAUUCCCGAUUGCUUAUGAUGGUGAGGUCCUGGUACGCUCAAUGGUAAAGCAAGUUAGUACUGAAAAUGACACUGCCUUGGCUCAUCGCUUCCCUUUAUUGGUGUCAUGCAUGGAAAGACUCAGCCAGAGUGAGGAAAAUGUUUCUGGUGUGACAAGCUUUCGUGAAGUUCUGGAGAAGAUGCUGCUUAUUGUUGUCCUGCCUGUGAGGAACAGCUUGAGGCGAGAAAAUGAACUCUUUUCUUCACAUUUGGUAUCAAACACAUGUGGUCUGCUUGCUAGCAUAGUCAGUGAACUUACAGCUUCUGCCUUGGGAUCAGAGGUAGAUGGAUUGAAUUCCCUUCAUUCUGUGAAAUCAAGCCCUAAUCGCUUCACAAAAACAAGCCAGGGUAGGAGUUGGAACACUGGGAAUGGAUCUCCAGAUGCAAUAUGUUUCUCUGUGGACAAGCCUGGGGUUAUUGUGGUUGGCUUCUGUGUUUAUGGAGGAGGUGGAAUUCAUGAAUAUGAGCUGGAAGUUUUGGUAGAUGAUAGUGACCACUCUGGGGAUGCUGCUCAUUCUCACAGAUGGACAUCUCUAGAGUUAGUGAAAGGCACAUAUACUACGGAUGAUUCGCCCAGUGACAUUGCAGAGAUCAGACUUGACAAAGCUGUGCCUUUAAAGGAGAAUAUGAAGUAUGCAGUGCGCUUGAGAAAUUAUGGCAGUCGCACAGCUAAUGGAGAUGGAGGAAUGACCACAGUACAGUGCCCAGAUGGUGUGACUUUUACAUUCAGCACUUGUAGUUUGAGCAGCAAUGGUACAAACCAAACCCGAGGACAAAUACCACAAAUAUUAUACUACAGGAGUGAGUAUGAUGGAGAUCUUCAAUCACAACUUCUUAGCAAAGCUAAUGAAGAAGACAAAAAUUGCAGCAGAGCUCUCUCUGUUGUAAAUGCGGUUACACUAGCUGCUAAGGACCUUCUGCACAGAGCACUUGCUGUUGAUGCUGAGGACAUUCCAGAACUGCUUAGUUCUUCGAGUUUGUUUUCCUUGCUGCUUCCUCUUUUGAUAGCAUACAUUGGACCGGUAGCAGCUGCUAUUCCAAAGGCAGCCGUUGAAGUGUUUGGUCUUGUUCGUCAACUGCUUCCCUCUGUGGCCGUUCUGAACCAGAAAUAUGCUCCUCCUACAUUUAAUCCCAACCAGUCCACAGAUAGCACGACUGGUAAUCAGCCUGAGCAACUGUCUGCAUGUACUACUUCCAGUCACUAUGCAGUCCUUGAAAGUGAACAUCCCUACAAACCUGCCAGUGUAAUGCAUUAUAAGGUGACAUUUCCUGAAUGUGUGAGGUGGAUAUCGGUAGAAUUUGACCCACAGUGUGGCACUGCACAAUCUGAGGAUGUUUUGCGCCUCAUGAUUCCAGGCAGACAUUCUCUAAUAUCUGGUUUUGGACCAAAGCUUCCUAUUCAUGAAAGCCUUAAUUCAUGGGUUGAGUUAAAAAAGUUUUCUAGCUCUUCUGGCUGGCCAACUGCUGUCUUAAUAUUGCCAGGAAAUGAAGCACUUUUCUCUCUAGAAACUGCAUCAGACUAUGUGAAAGAUGAAAAGGCAUGUUUUUUUGGCUUCAAAUGCUAUGCUAUUGGAUACGAAUUCAGCCCAGGACCUGAUGAGGGCAUAAUUCAGCUAGAGCAAGAACUGGCAAACUUGGGAGGGAUAUGUGCUGCUGCUUUAAUGAAGAAGGAUCUUGCUCUUCCUAUCGGUAGUGAGCUGGAGGAAGACCUGGAAAUUGUUGAGGAGGCUGCACUGCAAGUGUGUAAAACACAUUCUGGUAUCCUUGGGAAAGGGCUAGCUCUAUCUCAUUCACCAACAAUACUUGAAGCUUUGGAAGGAAAUCUUCCUCUUCAAAUCCAGAGCAACGAACAGUCUUUUUUAGAGGACUUUAUCACCUGUGUGCCUGGAUCUAGUGGAGGCCGACUGGCAAGGUGGCUUCAACCAGAUUCGUAUGCUGAUCCACAGAAGACCUCUCUAAUUCUUAAUAAAGAUGACAUCAGAUGUGGUUGGCCAACUACCAUAACUGUGCAGACUAAGGAUCAGUAUGGGGACGUAGUUCAUGUUCCUAACAUGAAGGUUGAAGUCAAAGCUGUCCCUGUCUCUCAAAAAAAGACAUCAUUGCAGCAGGAGCAAGUUAAAAAGAUUCCUCGUAUACCUGGUAGCCCAUCCUCCUCAUCGUCUUCGAACAAUGAUAUGACUUUUGGAGGCCUUCCUUCCCCAAAACUUGAUGCCUCAUAUGAACCAAUGAUUGUGAAAGAAGCUCGUUAUAUUGCCAUUACAAUGAUGAAGGCAUAUGAAAAUUAUUCAUUUGAAGAACUGCGUUAUGCCUCACCAAUGCCCAAAAGGCCUAGUGAAAACAUGUUAAUCAGAGUUAAUAAUGAUGGCACCUAUUGUGCGAAUUGGACUCCUGGAGCAGUUGGCCUUUACACAAUUCACGUUACUAUUGAUGGAAUAGAAAUAGAUGCUGGUUUAGAAGUUAAAGUAAAAGACCCACCAAAGGGGAUGGUUCCACCUGGCAAUCAGCUAGUAAAACCAAAAGCAGAGCCUCAGCCCAAUAAGGUUCGCAAAUUUGUGGCCAAGGACAGUGCAGGGCUCCGUAUCCGUAGCCAUCCCUCCCUUCAGAGUGAGCAGAUAGGCAUAGUGAAAGUCAAUGGGACCAUCGCUUUUGUUGAUGAGAUCCAUAAUGAUGAUGGUGUAUGGCUAAGACUGAAUGAUGAAACAAUAAAGAAGUAUGUCCCUAACAUGAAUGGUUACAAUGAAGCUUGGUGCCUCUCAUUUAACCAACAUCUUGGCAAGAGUCUGCUGGCUCCUGUUGAUGAGCAGGUAUCAAACUCUGAGGAUUUUUUGAAAGACUUCACUGUACGCUGCACUCAGGAAGUAACCAUGAGAGAGCAUGAAGUACCAUCCUUCAGGGGUGGACCUGGGCUCUACAAGGUAGUGAAGACUGGGCCCUCCGGUCACAACAUCAGAAGCUGCCCAAACCUUAGAGGUAUCCCAAUUGGAAUGUUAGUACUGGGAAACAGAGUCAAAGCCGUGGGCGAGGUUAUCAGCAAUGAAGGUACAUGGGUGCAGCUGGACAAGAACAGUAUGGUAGAAUUCUGUGAGAAUGAUGAGGGCGAGGCCUGGUCACUGGCUAGAGAUCCUGGUGGUAACCAGUAUCUCCGUCAUGAAGACGAACAAGUAAUCUUGGAUCAAGGAUCUCAAACACCACCUCCAAGCCCUUUUUCUAUUCAGAUAUUUCGUAGGAGUACAAGUGGUAAUAUCAUGCCAGGCUUUGAUUAUGGGCUUGGAAAUAACAAAGACUCUCCAUCAUGCAGUGUUGCUUCUGCUGAGCGUAUUAACAAAAGUAAAGCUGGUCCUGCAUCUGCUUUUUCAUCUCUUUCUGUCAAACAAAAGGAUGAAAGGGGACCAUUCACUGCUGUAACCAGACCAGCAUCUACGGUUAAGUCAGAGUUGCCCACAAAACAUAAAUCUGAGAACAAAUCUCCCAAACCUGAUGGAAGAAUUAGCAGAUCUAAUGCUGACCAGAAGAAAAUCAAAAGUAAUGAAGGCCUCACUGCAAGCGAGUCUCUAAUGUUGAAGUCUGAUGCUGCAAAGUUGAGAUCAGACUCGCACAGCAGAUCUCUCUCUCCCAACCACAAUACUCUCCAGAUAUUGAAGUCUGAUGGAAAAUCUCCUUCUGGAGUCAGAGCUGAAUCUCCAGGACCUGGAUCAAGAUCCUCUUCACCAAAGCCAAAGACUGUGCCUGCAGGGAAACCCAAUGUAUCCAGUGUGGGCAUUACACGUUCUGCAUCACCACAAGAGAAAAACCUACCUCAAAAAGCUCCAGGUCCUGUAAAGGCCAAGCUUGAACCUCCACGAGAACGGUCUAAGUCAGACUCCUAUACGCUCGAUCCAGAUACUCUACGCAAAAAGAAAGUACCAUUCACUGAGCCGUUAAGAGGACGGUCCACAUCACCAAAACCAAAAAUACCCUCUAAAGAUGCUAAACCUGCCAAUGGCAGUGAAAACAGAGCGCCUUCUCCUCACGUUGUUCAAGAAAAUCUUCACAGUGAAGUAGUUGAAGUCUGCUCAUCAAGUACUUUAAAGACUAAUAGUGUUACAGAUAGCUCUGGUGAGGAUAAUGCAGAGCUAAAGAGUAUUGAUGAUAGUUCAUGUAAAGUUCAUUUUAGUAUAGGAAAAGCCCCUCUGAAAGAAGAACAGGAUACAAGAGUAUCACCCAAAAUAAGCCGUAAAACAGCUAGUAGGCAUGUGCGACCCAAAAAAGAAAAGUCAAACUUUCUCUUUAAAGGGGAAAGCUCAAGGUCCAUUGAACCAGCAAAAGAAGCAAUGUCUCCUUCUGUAGCAGAGUGUGCACGUGCUGUAUUUGCUGCCUUUCUUUGGCAUGAGGGUAUUGUUCAUGAUGCAAUGGCUUGUUCUUCUUUUCUAAAAUUUAAUCCUGAACUUUCUAAAGAGCAUGCCCCCAUCAGAAGCAGCCUAAACUGCCAGCAACCUACUGAGGAAAAGGAAGUAAAAUUAAAAAACAGACAUUCAAUAGAAAUUUCUUCAGCUCUUAAUAUGUUUCAUAUUGCACCUCAUGGCCCGGACAUAUCAAAAAUGGGCAGUAUCAAUAAAAACAAAGUUCUGUCAAUGCUCAAGGAACCACCUCUCCAUGAAAAGUGUGAGGAUGGCAAAAAUGAGUCUUCACCUUUUGACAUUUCCAACCACCAUUCUGUUAAAUCCAGGUCUCCUCUUCCUUUAACAUUACAACACCUUGUAGCUUUCUGGGAGGACAUUUCAUUGGCUACUAUAAAAGCUGCUUCCCAGAACAUGAUUUUCCCUAGUCCAGGUUCUUGUGCUGUGCUAAAAAAGAAAGAAGGUGACAAAGACAGUAAGAAGUCCAAAAAGGAGAAAAAGAAAAAGGAGAAAGCAGAAUCCAGGCCACGUGGUAAUUUGUUUGGUGAAAUGGCCCAGCUAGCAGUAGGAGGACCUGAAAAAGAUACAAUCUGUGAGCUAUGUGGAGAAUCUCAUCCUUAUCCAGUGACGUAUCAUAUGCGACAAGCACAUCCGGGGUGUGGAAGAUAUGCAGGAGGCCAGGGAUAUAACAGCAUUGGACACUUUUGUGGUGGAUGGGCAGGAAACUGUGGUGAUGGAGGAAUAGGAGGAAGUACUUGGUAUUUAGUCUGUGACCGCUGCAGGGAAAAAUAUCUCAGAGAAAAACAAGCCGCUGUACGUGAAAAGGUCAAGCAGUCCAGGCGUAAGCCAGUGCAAGUAAAAACACCAAGAGCUUUGCCAACUAUGGAAGCUCACCAAGUGAUUAAAGCAAAUGCUCUAUUUUUGCUGUCCUUGAGCAGUGCCGCAGAGCCAAGUAUACUGUGCUACCAUCAUCAGAAGUCAUUCCUCUCUCAGCUCCCUAGUGUCAAGGAAGGUAUAUCUGAGGACCUGCCGUCAAAAAUGCAAUGUCUGUACCUCCAGACCUUAGCCAGACAUCAUCAAGAGAACUUCGUUGGUUAUCAAGAUGAUAAUCUUUUCCAAGAUGAAAUGCGAUAUCUUCGUUCAACAUCUGUACCAGCACCUUAUAUAUCUGUUACUCCUGAUGCUUGUCCAAAUGUCUUUGAGGAACCAGAGAAUAACAUGAAAUCUAUGCCUCCAAGUCUAGAAACGAGCCCUAUAACGGACACUGAUUCCACUAAACGCACAGUCUUUCAAAGGUCUUAUUCUGUUGUUGCCUCUGAAUAUGACAAGCAGCACUCUGUACUUCCUGCUCGAGUGAAAGCAAUACCCAGACGCAGAGUCAAUAGUGGAGAUGCUGAAGUUGGAUCCUCAUUGCUAAGACACCCUUCCCCAGAAUUGUCACGACUGAUCUCUGCACAUAGUUCCCUGUCUAAAGGAGAGAGGAAUUUUCAGUGGCCUGUAUUGGCAUUUGUCAUCCAACAUCAUGAUUUGGAAGGGCUUGAAAUUGCCAUGAAACAAGCCCUUAGGAAAUCUGCUUGCCGUGUCUUUGCUAUGGAGGCUUUCAACUGGCUGUUAUGUAAUGUCAUUCAGACAAAUUCCUUACAUGACAUUUUAUGGCAUUUUGUGGCUUCAUUAACUCCUGCUCCUGCUGAACCAGAGGAAGAAGAUGAUGAGGAAAACAAGGCAAAUAAAGAGAAUGCUGAGCAAGAGAAAGAUACAAGAGUGUGUGAGCAUCCACUUUCUGACAUAGUAAUAGCUGGGGAAGCAGCUCAUCCUUUGCCCGACACCUUUCAUCGCCUCCUUCAAACAAUUUCAGAUUUGAUGAUGUCCCUUCCUGGAGGCAGUUCUUUGCAGCAGAUGGCAUUGCGAUGUUGGAGUCUUAAAUUCAAGCAAUCCGAUCAUCAGUUUCUGCAUCAGAGUAAUGUAUUUCAUCACAUUAACAAUAUCCUCUCCAAGUCAGAUGAUGGAGACAGUGAAGAGAGCUUUAACAUUAGCGUGCAGUCUGGUUUUGAAGCCAUCAAUCAGGAAUUCUGUAUGGUAACAUCCCUGAAAGACAUGACCAGUGUUGUGGACAUUAAGACUUCAAGCAGACCAGCCAUGAUUGGAAGUCUGACAGAUGGCUCGACUGAAACAUUCUGGGAAUCAGGAGAUGAAGAUAAGAAUAAAACAAAAAGCAUCACAAUAAACUGUGUAAAAGGCAUCAAUGCCCGUUAUGUGUCAGUCCACGUUGACAACUCUCGUGAUCUUGGGAACAAAGUUACAUCAAUGACUUUUCUGUGUGGCAAGACUGUGGAAGAUCUGAGUCGAAUUAAACAGGUGGAAUUGGAUUCCAGGCACAUUGGAUGGGUCACAAGCGAGUUGCCUGCUGGAGAUAAUCACAUCAUAAAAAUGGAGCUGAAGGGCCCAGAGAACACUUUGAGAGUACGCCAAGUGAAAGUACUUGGAUGGAAAGAUGGGGAGAGUAUAAAAAUAGCUGGACAAAUAUCAGCCAGUGUGGCUCAGCAAAGGAACUGUGAAUCAGAGACUCUUCGAGUGUUUAGAUUAAUCACAUCACAGGUAUUUGGCAAACUGAUUUCUGGGGAUGCAGAACCCACACCAGAACAAGAGGAAAAAGCAUUGCUCUCCUCACCCGAAGGAGAGGAAAAGGCACCGUCAGAUGCUGACCUGAAGGAGCACAUGGUUGGCAUUAUAUUCAGCAGGAGCAAGCUAACAAACCUGCAGAAACAGGUCUGUGCCCAUAUUGUUCAAGCCAUUCGGAUGGAGGCUACACGUGUACGAGAAGAAUGGGAGCAUGCCAUCUCCAGCAAGGAGAAUGCAAACUCGCAGCCAAAUGACGAGGAUGCUUCUUCUGAUGCUUACUGUUUUGAGCUCCUUUCCAUGGUACUAGCUCUGAGUGGCUCAAAUGUUGGUCGGCAGUAUUUGGCUCAGCAAUUGACUUUACUCCAAGAUCUUUUCCACUUGCUUCAUACAGCCUCUCCUAGAGUACAGAGACAAGUAACCUCAUUACUGCGACGUGUUUUACCCGAGGUGACACCAUCCCGAUUAGCAAGUAUCAUAGGUGUCAAGUCACUCCCACCAGCUGAUAUUAGUGAUAUUAUCCACUCAACAGAGAAAGGGGACUGGAAUAAGCUUGGCAUCUUGGAUAUGUUCCUUGGGUGUAUUGCCAAGGCCCUUACUGUUCAGCUAAAAGCCAAGGGAACACCAAUCACUGGAACAGGAGGCACUAGUGCUGGAAAAGGAGUCACCACUGUCACUUUGCCAAUGAUCUUUAACUCAAGUUACCUCAGAAGAGGUGAAAGCCACUGGUGGAUGAAAGGCUCUACUCCUACACAGAUAGCUGAGAUCAUUAUUAAACUUAUUAAAGACAUGGCAGCAGGGCACCUUUCAGAAGCAUGGUCUCGUGUCACUAAAAAUGCAAUAGCAGAAACUAUAAUUGCACUAACAAAAAUGGAAGAGGAGUAUCGUUCUCCAGUUCGGUGCAUAGCUACCACAAGGCUCUGGCUUGCUGUUGCCUCGUUGUGUGUACUUGACCAGGAUCAUGUAGAUCGUCUGUCUUCUGGAAGAUGGAUGGGAAAGGACGGGCAGCAAAAGCAAAUGCCAAUGUGUGAUAACCAUGAUGAUGGUGAAACUGCAGCAAUCAUUUUGUGCAAUGCUUGUGGAAACUUGUGUACAGACUGUGAUAGAUUUCUUCACCUGCACCGGAGAACAAAAUCACAUCAGAGACAGGUAUUCAAAGAGGAGGAGGAAGCAAUCAAGGUUGAUCUACAUGAAGGAUGUGGUAGGACCAAGUUAUUCUGGCUGAUGUCCCUAGCAGAUUCUAAAACUAUGAAAGCCAUGGUGGAAUUCAGAGAACAGACAGGUAAACCAGCAAGUAGCAGCUCUGAGACCUGCCGAUUCUGUGGCUCCAGGAAUGGGACAGAAUUAUCUUCUGUAGGCAGUGUGUGCUCCGAUCAAGACUGCCAGGAGUAUGCCAAGUCAGCUUGUAGCAAGACUCACUCCUGUGGACACCCGUGUGGAGGCGUUAAAAAUGAAGACCACUGUUUGCCUUGUCUGCAUGGUUGUGAUAAAACUACAAGUGCUCUGAAACAGGACGCUGAUGACAUGUGCAUGAUAUGUUUUACAGAGGCGCUCUCCGCAGCUCCAGCUAUUCAGCUGGAUUGUAGCCACGUGUUUCAUUUCCAAUGCUGUCGGCGAGUCCUAGAAAAUAGAUGGCUUGGACCACGGAUAACAUUUGGAUUUAUGUCAUGUCCUAUCUGUAAGAACAAAAUAAAUCAUACAGUAUUAAAGGAUCCUCUUGAUCCGAUUAGAGAACUCUAUGAAGAUGUGAAGAGGAAAGCUUUAAUGAGACUAGAGUAUGAAGGGCUCCACAAAAGUGAUGCUAUUACAACACCAGGAGUCCGAUUCUACAAUGAUCCAGCCAGCUAUGCCAUGAAUAGAUACGCUUAUUAUGUGUGUUACAAGUGCAAAAAGGCGUAUUUUGGUGGUGAAGCAAGGUGUGAUGCAGAAGCUGGUCAAGGAGAUGACUAUGAUCCCCGAGAGCUCAUUUGUGGAGCGUGUUCAGAUGUGUCUAGAGCUCAGAUGUGUCCUAAGCAUGGUACGGAUUUCUUAGAAUACAAAUGUCGCUACUGUUGCUCUGUAGCCGUCUUUUUCUGCUUUGGCACCACACAUUUUUGCAAUGCUUGCCACGAUGACUUUCAGAGAAUGACCAGCAUACCUAAAGAAGAGCUUCCACAUUGCCCAGCAGGUCCAAAAGGCAAACAACUUGAAGGAACAGAGUGUCCUCUUCAUGUGGUCCACCCUCCAACAGGAGAAGAGUUUGCUUUGGGCUGUGGAGUGUGUAGAAAUGCUCAUACUUUUUAAGAGCAAAUAUUCAUGUUCCAAUUUUAUUUCUCCAUUUCUGUGAAAUUUGAGACAGGCUGUUCUAGUCUGUUGCUCAGCAGUGCCAGGCAGGUUCUGGACGACAGCCUCCGGUCAGGAUGGGACCACUUGAAAGAGUCUGUGAAAUAAAAAGGUUAAACAGGUAGAAGACACAAGAAACAACUGUGUAUUCACAAUCCUUGCUUUUAGAAACCAAUAUUAAGUGUUCUUGUUCCUUAAACAAAAUAUCUAUAAGGUGCUUGCAUGUGGUCACGUAUAGGACCGUCCACAAAGCACAUAACAGCUUGGAUACACAGAAAGGAGAGAUCCCCGUGCCCAGGAAAUACAUAUGAUCAGAAGAAAAGUCACCAGAAAGAUAUAUAUAUAAAAAAAUGUUUUUUUUGGAAGCCAUGUAUAAAUGCAAGUGCAUCUUGUGGAGAAGGAUGGGAAUAUACUUGUUUAUAUUUAAGUGCUUCAGUGCGGCAAGGGUCUGCACCUUAUCUGGCACUGAUAGUGAAAGACAUUGUGUUUGGAGGACGACAUAUAAGUGUAUCAAGGCAUAAAAGUUGUAACAAAUGUUGUAUAUAAUACAUAAAGCUAUGAAUGUUGGUCCAGUAUAAAAUUUAUUAAAUUACAGCAGCUGUUUCAUUUAAACUUCUGGGUUAUGUUUGAGCCUGAAAUUUUAAUGAAGUGCAAUACUGAGUGUGCCUCAUAUCUUUGCAGCUGUAAUCUUUAUGGAAUGUACACGUUAAUAAAGCCACUGUACAUUUUUAUACAGUGACAGUCUGGUGAAUGUUUAGGAUCUUAUUUAAGAGGAAUGGCUUUAAACAAACAUAAUAAAGAAAUAAAUAAUGUUAUUUGUCAGGUCUUAAUGGAUUGGUGUUGAUCCAUGGCUUUCACAAAGGUAUUUUUAAUAUGUAAUCAAAGUUCAUAUUAAACUUUUGUUCCCCA